AUGAGAGGGUACUUGAACUGGGUGGCGAUGCUUUUGGUGGCAAUAUAUCUGCUGCAGCUGCUUGUCGUGAAGGUCGUCGUUAAUCUAUGGUGGCGACCCAGAAAAAUAGAGCUGCACUUCUCAAAGCAAGGGAUCAAGGGUCCCCCAUACCGUUUCUUCGUAGGCAACAUCAAAGAGCUCGUGGGGCUGAUGCUGAAGGCCUCCUCCCACCCCAUGCCCCUCUCCCAUAACAUCCUCCCCCGAGUCCUCUCCUUCUACCACCACUGGCACAAAAUCUACGGUGCAACCUUUCUGGUGUGGUUCGGACCCACGGCUCGGCUGAUGGUGUCGGAUCCGGUGCUGAUUCGAGAAAUCUUGGGUUCGAAAGAGGAAUUGUAUGAGAAAAACGAGUCGCAUCCGCUGGUGAGGAAGCUAGAAGGAGAUGGGCUGCUAACCCUCAAAGGACAAAAAUGGGCUCACCACCGGAAGAUUAUCACUCCUACCUUUUACAUGGCUAAUCUCAACCUAAUGAUCCCAGUGAUGGGAAAAAGCGUGACCGAAAUGCUGGACAAGUGGUCGGCGUUAAUGUCAGAUUCUGGAGGGAAGCUUGAGAUCGAAAUCUCGGAGUGCUUUCAAACUCUCACCGAAGAAGUCGUCACUCGAACCGUUUUCGGAAGCAGCUGCGAGGACGGCAAAGCCAUUUUCCGAUUACAAGCCCAGCAAAUGGUCUUCGCCGUCGAAGCUUUCCAGAAAAUUUUCAUCCCCGGAUAUCGAUUUUUGCCCACGAAAAAGAACAGGAGUUCGUGGAAAUUGGACAGGGAAGUUCGAAAAUCACUGAUGAAGCUCGUGGAACGACGUCGGAGAGACAACUCGCUAAACGAAAUGUCGGAGGCGUGUCCGAAGGAUUUGUUGGAACUGAUGAUCAGGGCUAGCAUGAACGAGGGAGAUCGAUAUUCCAGCUGUCGUUUCGCAUCGGGACCUUCGAUCACCGUCAACGACAUCGUUGAAGAAUGCAAGAGCUUCUUUUUCGCGGGGAAACAUACGACGUCGAAUUUGUUGACGUGGACGACCAUCCUCUUGGCGAUGCACCCCCAAUGGCAGGAAUCGGCACGUGAGGAGGUCUUGUCCCAGUGCGGGGCACGUGACAUCCCCUCCAAGGACGACGUCGCCAAGCUUAAGACGUUGGACAUGAUUCUAAAUGAAUCCUUGAGACUAUACCCACCUGCUGUGGCUACAAUUAGGCGUGCCAAAGUUGACAUGGACCUGGGAGGAUGCCAAAUCCCACGAGGAACCGAACUACUGGUCCCGAUCAUAGCCGUUCAUCAUGAUCCAGGACUCUGGGGCUACGAUGCCACUGAAUUCAAUCCAACUCGGUUCGCAAAUGGAGUGAGUCGAGCUGCAAAGCAUCCAACGGCAUUCAUGCCAUUCGGGCUUGGGCCCCGUCGAUGCAUUGGUCGAAAUCUCGCGAUAUUUCAAGCAAAGUUAGUGAUGGCCAUGAUUUUGCGUAAAUUCUCGUUUGAUCUUGCCCCUAGCUACAAGCAUGCUCCAACUGUGUUGAUGCUCCUCCACCCACAAUAUGGUGCACCCAUUAUCUUUCGAGAAUUAUCGAAUCCCUUAUCCCUUUAA